CCAUUCCAGCCCAGAUCGAGCGAGAGAGCCGUCUCCCUCUUCGCUUCUCCUCUCCCCCCCGUGAUCUGACCGCCGGCGACGACCCCCUCCCACCACCCGCCGCCGCCGCCGCGCCCCCGCCCCCGCCGGCGACGACCACCAUGUCGUACGAUCGCGUCACGACCUUCGAGGACUCGGAGAAGGAGAGCGAGUACGGCUACGUCCGCAAGGUUUCUGGACCUGUGGUCGUGGCUGAUGGAAUGGGUGGUGCUGCCAUGUAUGAACUUGUCCGAGUUGGUAAUGAUAACCUCAUUGGGGAAAUUAUUCGUCUUGAGGGUGAUUCAGCCACCAUUCAAGUUUAUGAGGAAACAGCUGGGUUGAUGGUCAAUGAUCCAGUGUUGAGAACAAGAAAGCCUCUUUCAGUUGAAUUGGGACCUGGUAUCCUUGGAAAUAUCUUUGAUGGAAUCCAGCGCCCUCUAAAAACUAUUGCUAUAAAGUCUGGAGAUGUGUACAUACCACGUGGUGUUUCAGUCCCUGCUCUUGACAAAGAUCAGUUGUGGGAUUUUGAGCCAAAGAAGCUAGGUGUUGGAGAUGCCAUCACUGGUGGAGAUCUAUAUGCUACUGUGUUUGAGAAUACGCUGAUGAAACAUCAUGUUGCCCUUCCUCCUGGUUCUAUGGGGAAAAUUAGUUACAUUGCACCAGCUGGCCAGUAUAGCUUGCAGGAUACAGUUCUGGAACUGGAAUUCCAGGGCAUCAAAAAGCAAUUUACUAUGCUCCAGACAUGGCCUGUCCGGUCACCAAGGCCUGUUUCAUCAAAGCUUGCUGCUGACACGCCUCUUCUAACAGGACAGCGUGUACUUGAUGCACUAUUUCCCUCAGUUCUUGGAGGAACUUGUGCUAUUCCUGGAGCAUUUGGUUGUGGAAAAACUGUCAUUAGUCAGGCACUUUCAAAGUACUCCAAUUCUGAAGCUGUGGUUUAUGUGGGCUGCGGGGAAAGAGGAAACGAGAUGGCUGAGGUCCUUAUGGACUUCCCACAAUUGACAAUGACAUUGCCUGAUGGACGUGAAGAGUCUGUCAUGAAAAGAACUACACUUGUUGCUAACACAUCCAACAUGCCUGUUGCUGCUCGUGAAGCCUCCAUUUAUACAGGAAUUACAAUUGCUGAAUACUUCCGUGACAUGGGCUAUAAUGUCAGUAUGAUGGCUGAUUCUACUUCUCGGUGGGCUGAAGCUUUGCGUGAGAUUUCAGGACGUCUGGCUGAAAUGCCUGCGGAUAGUGGUUACCCUGCAUAUUUGGCUGCACGUUUGGCAUCCUUUUACGAACGUGCUGGUAAGGUGAAAUGUCUCGGCAGUCCAGAUCGGACAGGCAGUGUCACAAUUGUUGGUGCUGUCUCUCCACCUGGAGGUGAUUUUUCAGAUCCUGUUACCUCUGCAACUCUUAGUAUUGUGCAGGUCUUUUGGGGAUUGGAUAAGAAGCUGGCUCAAAGAAAGCAUUUCCCAUCUGUCAAUUGGCUCAUCUCUUACUCAAAAUACUCAAAGGCUCUGGAAUCCUUCUAUGAGAAGUUUGAUCAAGAUUUCAUUGAUAUUAGAACAAAAGCUCGUGAAGUGUUACAGAGAGAGGACGAUCUAAAUGAAAUUGUCCAGCUUGUUGGUAAAGAUGCACUGGCAGAAUCUGAUAAGAUUACAUUGGAAACAGCCAAGCUACUAAGGGAAGAUUACUUGGCACAGAAUGCAUUUACCCCAUAUGACAAGUUCUGUCCAUUCUACAAGUCUGUUUGGAUGAUGCGCAACAUUAUUCAUUUCAAUACAUUAGCAAAUCAGGCUGUGGAGCGUGCAGCUAAUGCUGAUGGACAAAAAAUAACAUACAGUGUCAUAAAGCAUCGUAUGGGUGAUCUAUUUUAUCGCCUAGUAUCUCAAAAGUUUGAGGACCCUGCAGAGGGUGAAGAUGUCCUAGUCGCAAAAUUCCAGAAAUUGUAUGAUGACCUCACAACCGGAUUCCGCAACCUAGAAGAUGAAGCUAGGUGAAGUGCUGUAAAUUGAGGAUCACAUUCGUGUAAACAAUAAAAUAUCACCAGAUAUUCGAAGCGAGUUGGGGCAAUUUAUUUUGCUUCGCGUGAGGUUGUAGAUGUGAAUUACGUUUCAGAAUCAUCAUAUUUUCCUUCUGCAUCGACACUGCUGCUGCUUUUUGUAGCUUCCUGUUUGACCUCCGGUGCUCGAUGAAGGCAUUCUUUUUGGUGUACAAUUAUUUAUAUUGUAAGAUACCUGUGCACAUGUUGAUAGUUGAAUAAGCACGAUGACCAUCUACUUGAACAUCAUAUAUUUUUCUCCCAUCAACA